UGCAACAUUUAGUCUGAUUUACACUUACUAGUUUUGACCAAUCCCCAUAUAUUUCUUCUUUUCUACUCACUAGGGGAAUGAAUGAAGGUAUUCAGUGCUCUCAAUACCCAUUAUAUGCAGGACACUCAGAAACAAAAUCACAGUACCCACACUUCCACUGCUCAUCCUGAGCAACAUAACUGGUUUCUCUCUGUCUAAGCCAAAACUCAAUACAAAAGAGCAAUGAGAAUAAGAGUCCUUGUGUUACUGAAAGGAGCACCCGAAUCAAUAGAGUCCCACCACAAUGCACGAAGACGCGCGUUCAGCACACCCCUCCUCCCUCCCCGCGAAGUGGUGCAUCCCUUCUGCGACCUCUCCGACGUCGCCGUCGCCGCUUCGGCGCCCCGAAACCCCUCCCCGUGGGUCCCACGGAUCCUCUCCCUCCUCGAUGGGUCCCCCUCCAUGGAGUCCAACCUCGACUCCUUCUGCCGCAAGUUCCUCAUCAUCCUCUCCCCCUCCUUCGUCGCCCACGCCCUCCGCUCCCUCCCCAACCCUAACCCUAACACUAACUAUGACCCCCUCGUCGCCACACGCUUCUUCUCCUGGGCCGCCACGCAACCGAACUACUCCCACUCCCUCGACUGCCACGUCUCCCUCCUCCCGCUCCUCCUCCACCACCCUUCCUCCCUCCGCGGCGCCCUCUCCGCCCUCCGCCGCGCCAACCUCCCCCUCACCCUCCCCGCCGCCCACUCCCUCGCCUCCACCCUCGCCUCCGCCGCCCUCGUCGACGAACUCCUCUGGCUCCUCCGCGAAAUGAAGAACCACAAUCUCCACCCCACGCUCUCUAUCCUCAACUCCCUCCUCAACGCCCUGGUCAACGCCUCCCUCAUUGACUCCGCCGAGCGCGUCUUCAAAUCCAUCCACCAACCCGACGUCGUCAGCUACAACACUCUCGUCAAGGGCUACUGCAGAGUGGGGCGAACCCGGGACGCGCUCGCCUCGCUCCGCGAAAUGGCGGCGGAGAACGUGCCCCCGGACGAGGUCACUUACAUGACCUUGAUGCAGGCUUGUUACAGCGAGGGUGACGUGAAUUGUUGUUUGAGGCUUUACCAUGAGAUGGAGGAGGAUGAGGGAUUACAAAUGAAAAUCCCUCCUCACGCUUAUAGUUUGGUGAUUUGUGGGCUGUGUAAGCAGGGGAAGGUUUUGGAGGGUUGUGCUGUGUUUGAGAGUAUGGUUAGGAGAGGUUGUAAGGCUCAUAAGGCUGUGUAUACUGCGAUAAUUGACGGUUAUGCCAAGAGUGGGGACUUGGAUUCGGCAAUGAAAUUUUUUGAGAGGAUGAAGGUGGAUGGGGUGGAGCCUGAUGAGGUUACCUAUGGGGCUGUCGUGAGUGGGUUGUGUAAGGGUGGGAGGGUGGAGGAGGCCUUGGGUUAUUUUAGGUUUUGUAAGGGGAAUGGCGUGGUGUCUGCGAUGUUCUAUUCGAGUUUGAUUGAUGGGCUUGGGAAGGUUGGGAGGGUGGAUGAGGCGGAGAGGCUGUUUGAGAAGAUGGCGGAUGAGGGGUGUCCCCAGGAUUCAUAUUGUUACAAUGCUCUCAUGGAUGGUUUGUGCAAGAGUGGGAGGCUUGAUGAGGCGCUCCUGUUGUUUAGGCGGAUGGAGAGGGAGGGCUGCGAGCAGACGGUUUAUACGUUUACUAUACUUAUCAGUGAGCUUUUCAAGGAGAGGAGGAAUGAGGAGGCGCUCAAGCUGUGGGAUGAGAUGAUUGACAAAGGUGUCACGCCAAAUUUGGCGUGUUUUAGGGCUCUUUCGAUUGGUCUGUGUCUUUCGGGCAAGGUUGCGAGGGCCUGCAAGGUGUUGGACGAGCUGGCCCCCAUGGGGAUUGUUUUGGAUUCAGCAUAUGAGGACAUGAUUGCUGUGCUCUGCAAGGCUGGUCGCGUGAAGGAGGCCUGCAAGUUGGCUGAUGGAAUUGUUGAUAGGGGUAGGGAAAUACCGGGAAAGAUUCGGACUGUGUUGAUUAAUGCUUUGAGGAAAGCUGGUAAUGCAGAUUUGGCGAUAAAGUUGAUGCAUAGCAAGAUUGGUAUUGGGUAUGACCGAAUGCGUAGUGUUAAGAAGCGAGUGAAGUUCCAAACCCUUGUUGAUAGUUGAUUUCUUUUUUGCAAUUAGACAUUGCACUUGAAAAUUGGUGAUAGCCAAAGCCAGAAAAUAUAGUGCAUCUCUCGUCAUUGUUUCAUAGGUAAACUUAUAGAGUUGCUGACCUGUUGAUUCAAUGGUUGGUCCCUGAAAUUUUGUUAUAUGUGUUGUGUAUAUAUAAUUUCAAGAUCUAAUAUUUUACCCCAAAUGAGCGUUGUCUUGCAUUGAAAGGUGCUUAAUCAAAUCACUUUGGACUC